ACGCACGCGCAAUUGAAAGCAAAGGCCGGACGAUUCGCUUGGCAUUCUGGGAGUUGUAGUGUUCAGCUCCAGACUCUCCCGCUCUGGACCAGAAGUGUGCGUAGAAGCCGGGUGAUGACUGGCUUGACCUCUGAUUGGCUGUCUGGAAAAAUAAAAAGUUGGGUCGCGGGCUGAGACCUACGAGAAGAUGGGGCGGGAUUCCGCGUGGGAGGAGGCGGAGCCUGUAGGCUUUGGGCGCGCGCUGUUGAAAGGCAGUUGGUCUGAGUUCGGUUACCUGGUUCGGUCCAGCGGCCCUGACCCAUCCCAUGGCUGACUCUGAGGAGUUUCGGACUUCUUCGCCGCCGCCGCCACCUCCCUCCUCUCCGUCUUCAGGAGCCUCUUCGUCAUCUCUCAGCAUGCCAGUGAGUUUGGGCUGGCGGAGUCCGAGUCGGAGCCAUGGCCCAACGGUGGACCCGCUGGAACAAGUGGAGCUGCAGAUCGGAGACGCAGCUUUUUCAUUAAGUAAGCUUCUUGAAGCCACGUCUGCUGUCUCAGCUCAAGUGGAAGAGCUUGCUCUGAAAUGUACAGAAAAUGCACGUUUCCUUAAAACGUGGCGCGACCUCCUAAAAGAAGGCUACGAUUCCUUGAAACCUGACAACUGACUUGGCAGAUGUAGUCAGUUAAUGACUCACACAUAAGAUAUUUGCACAUGGACCACGUUUAUGGGACUGUCUGUCUCCAGGCAUUUAUACUAAGAAUG